AUGAGGAAAUUGGACCAUGAGAAUAUUAAUAAAUUCAUUGGGCUUUCAAUUGAUGGUGCUCAAUAUGCAGUUGAUUUAAUAGCAAAAGGCUCGUUGUUGUUUGAUCCCUUCUUUAUGCUGUGCAUAAUGAGGGAUGUUGCUGAGGGUCUUAAAUAUCUGCACAAUUCAUUCAUCGGUGUUCAUGGUAGUCUCAGUUCGCAGUGUUGUUUGGUAAAUGACAGUUGGCAAGUUAAGCUAGCAGACUACGGUACCGGAUCCUUGCGAGAGGAUGAUCGUGUAAAGAAAAAACGUCUAUUAUGGAUGGCUCCCGAGCACCUCCGUUCCCUAGAGACCUCUUCUACUACGUCAAAGGAAGGCGACAUAUACUCUUUCGCCAUUAUCGCCUCAGAAGUUGUGACGCGAAAGGCAGCAUGGAAUCUGAAUGAGCGAAAGGAACGUGUUGACGGUGAGAAAAUGAGAACACAGAUGAAUUUCGAUGCACGUCCAAAGAUCGCUCCCUCAUUUUAUUUUUUAGAACUGGUCUAUAUGCUGAAGAAGGGAGGGCCCACACCACUGCGUCCCAUUCUCGAUAUCGACGGAGAGAUCAACGCAGCAGUAGUAGGAGUUUUGCUUUAUUACCGCCAAAGUUGA